AUGAACAAAACAGAAACAAAUCAAUUUUCGGAAUUCAAUCAUAUUACUGAAUCUUUUGAAGACAGUAUUACUCCUAGUUUCGUCACAACAUCAGAUUGUCCAACAUGCCGUCGACUUUUAGGGUGUAGUUCACGAGUUCAUAGUCAUCAAACUGACAGAAAUCCUAAAGUGGAUCAAAUUGAUAACAAUGAAAAUGAUGACCAAGAUGAAGAUAAAUACAAUGAAUCUGAAACAACAGGAAUGAUCAAUGAUUCUGGUAAUGAUGACGAUGAUGAUGAUGGGGAAGAUAAGGAUGACGAUUUCGGGAAUUAUCUAGGUGAGAAAAUUUCUGAGUCAAAGAUUAAAUCAAAAUUUAGACAUAUGCGUAAAUUAGAAGAGGCUAAAGAUAAUGAUGAUAAUGGUGAUGUCGACAACAAUGCUGAGUAUAAUGAGUGUUUGUCAAUAUGCGCUUCUAGGCAUGGGAAAAAAUUAGAUUUAAGACAUACCCUUAAUUUAGAAGAUGAUGAUAGUAGAGGAGAAGAAGAUGAAGAUCAGUUAAAGGAAUCAACGACAGAAAACAAACUUGUUCAUAAUGAAAAUAAAAAACAACUCCCUAAUCUAAAAAAUAUACCUGAAAUACAUAAAAACAAAUUAAAAGCUGAUGUUAAAGCUUUGAAUAAAAAACUGCAAAUAAGUAAAGAUCAUCUUGUAAAACAUAAUGAACCAAAAAGUGAAAAGAUUACAGAAGUACAAACUACUGAUGAACUAGACGAUAUUGAUGAAGAUGAUAGUGAUGAUAGCAAUGAUGAUGAUAAUGAUGAUGAUGAUGCUGGUGAUGGAAAUAAAGAUUAUGAAGAUAAUAUUGAUGAUGAUCAAGAUGAUGAGGAUGAAAAGUUUGCAGAUAAUUACAGCGAUGAUAAUGACACCACUAAAGUACUAAAACCAGGCUGCAAAAAAUCUAUUCAAGAGGGUCAACCAUCAAUAAAUGAGAAUACGAAUAAGAAGCUGAGUAAUGACGAUGUUGAAGACUAUGAUUACGAUGACAGCAAUGAUGAUAAUGAUAAUGAUGAUGAUACUAAUGAAGUUGGUGACGAUAAUGAAAAUGAUAAUCAUGAUGUAAACAGUCAAUCAAAUGAUGAUACAUCUAAAGGAAAAGAUUUUAAAAUCGACCAGCAUAAAAAUAUAAAAACAACAGUUGAUCAAUUUGAAGAUGAUGAAUAUGAUGAGACUGAUGAUUUUGAUCCAGAUAAUGAUAUUGAAGAAGAAAGUGAAGAUGAUCAACCAGAAGAUUUAGAUUUGGAAAUAUCACCUGAAGAAGGUUAUGAAGAUGUUGAUGAUCCUGAUUACAGUGAUUGGAUAGAGGCUGAUGAAGAAUUAAAUCCUAAUUGGCCUGGUGUAAGGAAAUUAAUGGCAGUUAAAACAACAACUCCUACUACUUCAUCUAAAUCGAAGUCUCACUCAGAAACGGCUACUGGACAUACAAAGAAUAAGAAAGUUCCAUCAAAAACAGCAACACAUAUAAAGACCAUUUCUAAAACAUCAUCAUCCAAAUUAUCAGAAAGUUCUAGAACAAAACAACCCAAGGACAAACCUUCUUCUAGUCAUCAUCAACAAAAUCAACCAGACAAGUUAAAAUCUUCCACAUUAGCAUCAUCAAAGCAUGCAGAAGAUCAUCACUCAAAGAAGGCAAUGCAUAAAACUGUUCCGUCGCAAGAUAAAUUAAAAACACCAGUUCCAACAAAUAAAAACCCUAAACAAUCUACACCAAAAUCGAAACCAGUACGAAUUAUUGGAAAUAUAAACGAUCAUGACUGUGAUGGUAUACCAGAUGAUAUUGAUGAAGAUAUUGAUAAUGACGGUCUUUUGGACCGAACACAAGAUUCCGAUUGGGAUGGAUUAUUGAAUCAUGUUGAUGAAGACGAUGAUAAUGAUGGUAUCCCUGAUAUUGAAGAUGAAGAUGCUAAUGGUGAUGGAAUACCAGACUGCCGUUCUGAUGUUUCUGACUUAAAACUAAAAGUAAGAUAUAAGAAGAAAAUGCGUAAAGUUGACAGCGAUUUCGACGGUGUUCCAGAUGAUGUUGACGGAGAUGAUGAUAACGAUGGUAUUCCAGAUAUUAUGGAAGAUGAAGACAAAGAUCAAAUUCCUGAUUUUUUAGGACUUACUCGUGCUGAUUUUUUAAAAGGUGUCAGUACUAAAGAAUUAAACAGACGAAUGAAUAAACGUGGCUGGUUUGAUCAUGACUGUGAUGGUAUUCCAGAUAAUCUCGAUCCAGAUGAUGAUAACGAUGGGUAUUUCGAUUCAAAACAAGAUAGUGAUCGUGAUGGUAUCCUGAAUGAAUUCGAUAAUGACGAUGAUAAUGAUGGAAUACCAGACAGUGAAGAUCUUGAUGCUAAUGGAGACGGUAUACCUGAUUGUAUUGUUAAGGAUUCAGAUGGUGAUCAUAUUCCUGACCAUAUUGACACAGAUGAUGAUAAUGAUGGUAUACCGGAUUUACAAGAUCCAGAUCAUCCCAAUUUCGAUUAUUUACGUGAUUCAGAUAAGGAUGGUAUUCCUGAUACACUAGACAUGGAUGAUGAUAAUGAUGGUAUACCAGAUAGCAUGGAUUUUGAUUCAGAUGGUGAUGGAUCGGAUGAUCUGUUUCAAGAUAUUGACAAAGAUGGGGUACCGGAUAGUGUAGAUGAUGAUAUGAAUAAUGAUGGAAUACCGGAUCAUAAACAAGAUCAUGAUUGUGAUGGGAUCCCAGACAUUGUUGACCCUGAUGAUGAUAACGAUGGUUAUUUUGACACAAAACAGGAUAGCGACAAUGAUGGUUUAUUGAAUGAAUGGGACGAUGAUGAUGAUAAUGAUGGUAUUCCAGAUGUGGAUGAUGAGGAUUCGAAUGGUGAUGGGAUCAUUGAUUGUCAACCACAUGAUAGUGAUAAUGAUGGAAUACCCGAUCAUAUCGAUGAAGAUGAUGAUAACGAUGGUAUACCAGAUCAACGAGAUCCUGAUUCAAUGUCAUUUCUGCUGUAUAAACAUAAGCGUUUUCUUGAAGCUAUCCCAGCUCAUAUUGCACGACAAGAAGCCAACUUGUUAAAUGUCGAUUUAGGCGAUCCAAAUGAUAAAGAUUGUGAUGGAAUUCCAGAUCAUAUUGAUAAUGAUUUGGAUAAUGAUGGAAAAAUCGACAGAACACAAGAUUCAGAUAUGGAUGGAUUAUUAAACCACGUAGACGAAGAUGAUGAUAAUGAUGGUAUUCCUGAUGUACUAGAUCCUGAUGCAAAUGGUGAUGGUAUUCCAGAUUGUCGACGUGAUGGUGGAUUACAUUAUAAAUUAGUUAAAUCACCUUCUGGUUUAAUUAAAAAAGUAUUAAGAAUACGUGAACCAACACAAGAAGAACAACAUCAAGCCUAUAUGGUUAAUGAAGCUAAACGUAAAUUAAUACGUAUUCGUGCUAAACUACGUGAACCUUUACCAAAGAAUACAAUACAAGCAAUUCCAUCAUUUGAUUUCAAUGAUAACAUGAAUGAUAAUCCAGAUAAUCAUCAUAAUGUUAAUGAAAUAAAAUCUAAAAUAAAAUCAUUUAAUUCAAAAUCUGUUCAAUCUAAUAUCAAUUCAAAAAAUGAACAUACAAUUAAACAUCAUCCAAAUAAUAAACAAGAAAAUGGCGGUAAUAUAAAUUCAAAGAAAACAUCAAUACAAGGAAUCAAAUCUACUGGUUCACCUUCUUUAAAACAAUCAAAUCAACAACAAAUACCAAUAAAACAUAUCAAGGAACAAAAUACUGUUAAAUUAAAUACCAAACAACAAAAUCGUAAAUUAGCAGAAAGUUUAACACCAAAUGAAAAUACUGAUUCAUUUUAUUCUUUAAAUAAAGACAUUUUACUGAAUAUUCAUGAUAUGAAUGAUUACCCUGAUCAUGUUUCUACUCCCUUUGAUAAUGUUAACGAUGAUGAUGAUGAUGAUGAUGAUGAUGACAAUGAAAUAGAGAAUGAUCAAGAAGUUAAUUUAGCUGAUACAAACUUAAAAUCAUCAAUAUUUGGCAGUUUUUUAUUGCCUGGAGCAGAAGCAGGAACAGCUAAUGAAGUAACUGGAUCAAAUAGAAAAAAUAUCAAGAAAAUGAAACAAAACGAAGCAACACAAAUGAAAAAAGUUGAUAAAUUAAAAUUAAAAGAAAAACAGAAGGUUAGAAGAAUUACAUAGUUAAACUAUUCAUCAAUCCGAUUUCUUAUUUAGAAAAAAAUUUAGAUAAGUAUGAAGUUAAUAAUUUCUUGGCCGAGACUGUAACUCAUGGACGAACCAAUCAGAUUUAGGAUAAUAGGUCUUAGAUUUUGGCACGAAAUUCAUUCAUCCAUUUGGCUAAAUAGCAUUUUGGCAUUUUAGCUUAUGUCAUUUCGUGAUGAAAACCCUAAAUCUAAUUCCUAACCCCUACCAUCAACCGAAAAUCAUAAUCCUUAUUCUUCACAUUGCUUUAUAACACUCAUUUAGUCUUGGUUAGUAGAUGGACAUUCUCAAGGUCACUUUAGCGUCGCUCAAUGAUCGUCCACAAAUUAUAGUCUCACCAAUUCCGUUUUAUUUGUUUUACUAUUGCAAACUGAAACAAUCAUUGUCUUGAAAUUUAUCAUCUUACAUAGUUCAUAUACUUCUGAAUAGAUUCAAACAAUUAUAGAAUGAAAGUUAUUCCGUUGUGUAAAUUAGUUUCUAACAGUCAUAAUCUGCAAUAAACCACUUAUAAAUUUCUUUUAUAGUGUAAACUUUUCUUAAUUUAGUAUAAUUUUAUUUUAUUCUUGUAUGUUGAUAAUAAUGUUGACUGAUUUAUAAAACAUACACAGAAACUAUUAUGUUUUAACUCUAGACAUUUCAAUAAUUCAAUAAAUAUUUAUUAGUAACAUG